GAUUGUCUCGACGUCGAUGUUUGCGACUGAAAUAUUUGGGACAAAAACAACCAUAAAUCUGACGUCUGCUGUUUAAGAAAUUCGUCACCUUUUGGCGCAGAUUCCAAACUCGGACUUAAACUGGCUGAAACCAAAAUAGUACAUUUUGAAAAUUGUCUGGAAAUAGCGGUGGCAGGAGGGUGGAAGGGACAGGAUAUGUGAAGGGCAAGUAGAAGGUGAAGGGUGCUCAAGGAAAAAAGGAGGUGGCAGUGUCCUCGAAGAAGAUAAAACUUGAAACCGGCAAAGCCAUCAACGCCUCUGAGGCAAUCUCACUGGAGCACACAAGCGUUCCGAACGAUCGGACUGUACCAACAAUCAAGCGGAAUGAGCAGAUUCUGGGAAGUGAAUGCAAAAUUUCAGGACCAAGCUGCUGUUUGUUGAUAGAUAAUUGUUACAAACCUUCCCUAUUUAUUAGAGAAAUUACCUCAACCUUCUUUGACAGCAAAGCCACAGCAAAAGUUCACAACAGAAGAGCUCAUAGGCUUACCCGCAGAAAAUGGUAUUCUCACCAGGAAACCAUGAUAUAAUUAUGUCAAAAUUGUCGAUUUUAUCUUUACAUCUCCCCGACCCAGAGGGGAAAAUCGUAGCUCAGAUCCUUGAUCCUAUAAAGACCGACAAGCUUGAUACAUUCCACUGUUUUCCAUCCCUGAUCAAGGAGUUGCAAAUCAAAAUAUGGCAAUUCGCUUUUCCUCCUCCACGAAGAGUCGAAGUACGACCAAAUCGGUUUUGUCGCCAAAAGAAACCUCAUUGCUCUUCAUGUAAGUGUAGGGCCAAACAUACAGCUCCUUUGCCUACAACUCUAUAUGUCAAUCAUCAAAGUCGAGAGGAGACACUCAGACACUAUCGACUCGUUUGGAUGAAGUCAGAAACACAAGGCACUUUCAACGGCAAAGUAAAACCACUUUGUUUCGAUCCAUCACGAGACUUUUUGUACACAGACAUGUUCGACAUGAUGUGCUGUACUCGUUCUGAUUGGAUGACUCCAUUAAUCGCCCAUCGAUUCCUGAAUAGAGAUUGCUUUAAAGAUGUAAAAGUCUUGGAGGUUCGCUCUUGGGAAUGGUAUGAUAGGAUCGGCGAAUCUCUACAAACACCAUACUGUGUUGCACUGGAAGUCUUCACACAACUUGAGGAAAUACGUCUUAUGCUACAUCAUCCAUCACAAUACGUUGCAAAAUUUUGUGCAGAUUGUAGAAGCAGACAUAAAGGGAGGCCGUGGACUAAGUCUAUGGAAAAGAAAAGUAUAAAUGCGAUGACUGCUUUUUAUCGGCGAAUUCAUGAUGAUACUGCUAUCGAUGAGCAACUUGCUGAGUUAGGAGUACAAAUGGAUACUAAGAAUAAGAUUGCGGAAGUUAAGAUUCCAAAAGUUGUUAUCGUUCCAUGGACUAGACGAUGUUAAUUGGGCGAUGCGCUAGUUGAAAGUCCAGUGCGCUUCUGGCUCCUCUUCAUAGAGCGCUACAUAGGUGAUACUGAAUUGAUAGUUGAGAUUA